CGGUACUGCCAAUACGAAUGGUACUUCGGGAGAAAUUUGGCGCGGUUUUGAAAUAACAUAAUAUAAUGAAGUUUGGAUUUUUGUGGAUCUGAUAAUAUUUUUUUUUGGAUUUUUAAUUUUAAUUAUUGGACAAAAUGUGCAGCAAAGAACAAUUUAGUGAUCUUAUGGAUAAAAUACAUUCGGGUUUACCCAAGUGUUCCAUCAAGCUACCGGCCUGGGACGAAAUAACCGGCGCCCUGCCUCGGUUACAUAUUCCCGCCAUGCCGGCCGUGCGAUCAAAGCGCGGCUGGUGCGGCUGCCUACAAGAUGACGAACCGCCUGAAAUCACUUACUGUGUGGUCGAAAAUACUGGAACACUAACCCUUCAAGCCAUAACACCCACCCAACCGAUGCCUUGUGAAGAGGAACUUGAUGCCAAAUUUGCCGAACUAGUGGAAGAACUAGAUUUGACGGCACCCAAUAAAGCGGCGAUGCUCAGUCUUCCACCUCAGAAAAAAUGGCAGAUCUAUUGCUCACGGAAGGGUGGAGAGGAUACAACUGACCAAGCAGCAACGCCUGAAGAAUACAUUGAAAGACUGAGAAUGUUAGCAACACUAAAAUAUCCUGACGCCAACGUAAAAGAAGAAGUCAUGAUGCGUACCAAACAAAUUGACGCACUGAAAACCGCCCUAAGAACAUCGACGCACAGUUUCGUAAUCAAAUUCAUCGAGCUAGAAGGCCUUCAAGUACUUUUAGAUUUUUUAACCGCCAUGGAUUAUUUUACAGCCCAAAGCUCCAUACAUACAAGCAUCAUUGGUUGCGUGAAGGCUCUUAUGAACAAUUCCACUGGUAGAGCACAUGUCCUGGCCCACCCGACAAGCAUCAACACAAUAGCUCAAUCCCUAAGCACAGAAAACAUAAAAACCAAAAUAGCUGUCCUGGAAAUUCUAGGUGCAGUCUGUCUAGUCUCAGGCGGUCACAAGAAAGUCCUAGACGCGAUGCGCCACUAUCAAAAAUACGCCUUCGAACGUACAAGAUUCCAAGGAAUCAUCAACGAUCUUGACAGGUCAACGGGCAUCUACAGGGACGAAGUCAAUUUGAAAACUGCCAUCAUGUCUUUUGUCAAUGCUGUACUAAACUACGGACUCGGUCAGGAGAAUUUGGAAUUCAGGCUACAUUUACGGUACGAGUUUCUUUUGCUCGGGAUUCAACCAAUCAUCGAAAAGCUGAGACUGCACGAAAACGAAACAUUGGAUCGGCAUUUGGACUUUUUCGAGCUGGUGCGCAACGAAGAUGAAAAAGAACUGGCAAGAAAAUUUGAACAGGAACACGUGGACACCAAAAGUGCAACAACAAUGUUUGAUCUUAUACGAAGAAAAUUAAGUCACACUGCAGCAUAUCCUCAUUUACUUUCCUUACUUGAACAUUGCCUACUUAUUCCGUUGGAUUAUGGAUCGCAUCCACAACAUUGGCUGCUCUUUGACAGGAUUGUCCAGCAAAUAAUUUUGCAGCAAAACGAUGAUACAGGCCGAAAAGACCCAGAUGUUUCACCAAUCAACAUCAACGUGAAGGAAAUCGUCCAUUUACUGGCAAAGGAGGAAGAACUUGUAGCUGCCAGGAAAAAAGCCGAGGAAUUGGAAAAGGAAAACUCGGACAUUUCGAAUCGGUUGGCUAAAAAGGAACUGGAAUUGGAUCAAAGGACGCAGGAGAAGGAAGACAUUGAAACCAGUUUAGCCAGAAUAAAAGAACGUUUAGAAAAAGAAACCGCUUUGCACAUAGAAACCAGACAAAGACUAGGUGAGAUCGAAUACAAAGCAGCAGAAUUGGAUAGGCAAGUGAACUGUGAAAGAGGAGAACGGUUUAGAUUAGAACGUCUAGUCAACUCUGGCAGCAUACCAGACGAUACCAAAGCAAUAGGCCUAAACAAAACUAUAAUAGACAUAAACUCGUCUGACGGUCCAAAGAAAUUAACGAGUACGAUUCCGCCACCUCCACCACCUCUGGCACCACCUCCGCCACCUUGCGGUACACCUGGGCCGCCUCCACCACCUUGUGCUCCCAUGGCACCACCAGCAGAACCACUCAAAAUUGAAAUCGUCAAAAAGAAUAUCCCACAACCAUCGAACCCCUUGAAAUCAUUCAACUGGUCCAAAAUCCCAGAUGUUAAGCUCAAUGGAACAAUCUGGAACGAGUUGGAUGAUAGUAAAUUAUACAACACUAUGGAAUUGGAUUGUAUUGAUAAGCUAUUUAGUGCUUACCAAAAGAAUGGUGUUGCUAACGAGGGCUCCAUAGAAGACUUGCGACAGCUAGGCAAAAAUAAAACCAAAGUGAUUUCAGUUAUCGAUAGUAGGAGAGCGCAAAACUGCACCAUUUUACUUUCCAAACUGAAAAUGUCCGACGAAGACAUCACCAAAGCCAUCCUUAGUAUGGACAGUAAAGAGAAUCUACCCAUCGAUAUGGUGGAGCAACUUUUAAAAUUCACUCCCAGUCCUGAAGAAUGUGCUCUACUUGAAGAGCAUAGCGAUGAAAUUGAUUCUCUGGCUAGAGCUGAUAGAUUUUUAUAUGAAAUUUCCAAGGUUCCUCAUUAUGAGCAAAGGCUCCGUAGUUUACACUACAAAAAGCGCUUCCAAGUGACUCUGAACGAAAUUCUUCCAAGAAUAACCAGCGUAAUGGAGGCUUCGAGAGAAGUUUCGAGAUCCAGACGGCUCAGGAGACUGUUAGAAAUAGUUUUAGCUUUAGGCAAUUACAUGAACCGUGGCGCCAGAGGCAAUGCUUCAGGUUUCAAAUUGGCAUCACUUAAUAGAUUAGCUGACACCAAAAGCAGUUUUGCUAAAGGCACGACUUUGUUGCAUUAUUUAGUUCAGAUUUUGGAAAAGAAGUUUAAAGACAUUUUACGUUUGGAUGAAGAUUUGCCGCACGUAAGGGAAGCGGCCAAAGUGUCUCUAGGAGAGUUGAGCAAAGACAUGUCUCAGCUGAGAGCUGGAUUGAAAGAUGUCGCAAGGGAAAUCGAAUUCCAUAGAAGCCAAAGUCCUUUGGCCAAUGACAAGUUUGUUCCGGUUAUGAAGGAGUUCCAAGCAGCUGCCACUUGUCGGUUGGUUGAAGUUGAAGAUCAAUAUCAAGAUAUGAAGACGAGAUUUGAAAGAGCUGUAAGACUAUUCGGUGAAGAGCCAUCCAACGCUCAACCAGAUGAAUUUUUUGGUGUGUUUGACACGUUUUUGACUGGGUUUAUGGAAGCAAGGCAAGACAACGAAAACAUGAGAAAAAGGCAAGAGGAAGAAGAAAAACGGGCUAAACAAGAGGAGCAAUUGAAAAAGCUUACUUUAGAGAGGAAGCACAGUAGAGAAGGUAUUUUAUCAGCAAUCAACAAAAACAUCAACCUGAAAAACGGCGAAACUCCGAAAGCAGGUGAGUUUGACGAUCUUAUUUCGGCUCUGAGGACUGGAGAUGUUUUUGGUGAAGACGUUGCCAAAUUUAAGCGCAGCAGAAAAAGCAGGGUGCAUCCAGGAAAUUCGCCACCAAGGAGGAAUAGCGCGAACAGGGAAGACAGUAGAGAACGCGUUGUAAUAAACGUCAGCACAGGCAGAAUACAGUAAUAAAUUUAGAUGUUUAGGAUUUUAUAAUAUGCUGUUUUUUAACAAUAUAAAGUGUGAUUUAAUAUUAUACCUAGCUUAAUAUAAAUAUGCCUGAUGGAAAUGUGCGUAGUAACUGACUGGAUUAAAAUAUUUAAUAAUGUUUUGGUAAUCGAUAUAAUAUUAGUUUUUGGCUAAAAAUUUAAGAAUAAACAAAUUUUAUUUUGUUUGUAAAGAUUUUAAUUUGUGUAUAUGUUUUUGUAUAUUAUUUUAUGUGAUUUAAAUUAGUUUUUAGUUGCGUGUAAAAUAUUUCAGCUUAAUAUUUAAUGUACGGACCAAUGUUUGAUAUAAUUUUCUAGUUGCUUCCCUGCAAUAAUAAUGCAAACGCCAAUUUGCGACAAUUUAUUAAUAAUAAAAUAGUACCAUAGAUUUUAUAGCUGAUUGUUCUUUUAUAAAUUAUAUAUACAUGCAAUUUUUUAAAAGGAUUUCAUACACAAUACAACUUUUUUCCGGCUAAUUGUACUUUAGUCUUUAUAUGUAUGUCACUAGAUCUGACGAUCACUAAUUUGUGAAAAAUAUAUUGUUAAUUUAUUUAUGGAGGUUGUAUUAUUUCAAAAUUCUUGUUCAAAUCUACAUAAUUUAAUUUUGUUAUUCGUUUGUUGAGUCAAAUGCUUUGAAAUUUCUUUAUACCCCUUGGAAAAAUGUUCAUCAAUUUCGAUUUUACAAACCUCAAGUUUACAUAGAACAUUUUUACUGUUUUUAAGAACUUUAUUUUUCGACAUCUGUAUGACAUUUGAAGUUGUGUUUUUCUCACAAAACGCAUUCUGAAUAUUCUUCUAUAUUUUCAUAACUUGCUAGUAAGAUCAAAGUAAGUACCAAAUAUAUCCUCCCCUAUCUCACGUACUGUCGUAUAUCAAUUUUACAGGGGACACGAUUUUAUCUUUUCGGUAACAUUCAACCAUUUGUUGUAAGAAUAUGAUUCAACUUAGAUUUAUUUUACCAUAACUGAGAGUACUCUAAUAGGCACAAAAUGGCGGCGCUCUAACAUGAGCCCAUCUCGUUCUCUGAGUCUGGCUAAGAAAAAGAUAGAAAUACAUAUUUUUUUGCCUGCUCGAUAUUUUUAACAUAUAAAAUACUAUAGCUCUGUUCCAACAGACAUGAUAACCGUUCUAGAACGGUAAUUU